GGAAGAAGCGAACUGGGCCAAAUUGCCGUUGGGGGAUCGGGCGGUCUGUCCCCGUCUCUCUCGACAAAAACCCACGGAGCCCGAAUCGAAAUCCGCAACGCCAACCUCCGAUCGCCGCCGCUCGCAAUCCGCCGCCGAGAACCGGAGAGCCGAGUUCCCGGAAUCCGAUCCGGCACCGGCGGAAUCCCUCCGUCGCGAUCGUCGCCCCUUUCUCCGAUUCGAUUUCGCGAUAAGUUGACAGCUCGGCUGCUCGAUUCAUGGAGGUGCCGAGCUCAUGGGACGCCCUCCGCAAGCAGGCAAGAAAGCUUGAAGCUCAGUUGGAUGAGCAGAUGAAUUCAUAUAGGAGGAUUGCUUCUGCAAAGGCUUCUUCUAAAGCUGAUGCUACGGAGACAGAUGUUGAAACUGGGAUAGAUCGACUACUGAAACAGCUCGAACAAGUAAAUAUACAAAUGCAAGCUUGGGUAUCAUCUGGAGGAUCUGAGAUGGUUUCUCAUACAUUGACACGGCAUCAAGAAAUUCUACAAGAUCUUACGCAGGAGUUCUAUCGACUUCGAUCCAGCCUAAGAGCUAAACAAGAGCAUGCUUCACUCCUUGAGGAUUUUAGGGAGUUUGAUAGGACAAGGCUGGACUUGGAAGAUGGCCACGGUUCUCCAGAGCAAGCGCUCCUUAAGGAGCAUGCAUCCAUUGGCAGAAGUACAGGACAGAUGGAUAAUGUCAUAUCUCAAGCUCAAGCAACACUCGGUACCCUUGUUUUGCAACGUUCCACUUUUGGGGGCAUCAAUUCAAAACUUAGCAAUGUCAGCAGCCGCCUUCCAUCGGUUAAUCAAAUUCUCUCAGCAAUAAAGAGGAAAAAGUCAAUGGAUACCAUCAUACUCUCUCUUGUUGCUUCUGUUUGCACAUUCCUUAUUUUCAUGUAUUGGCUGAGCAAGUAACGAUGUCAUUUUUAGCAUUACUAGUGGAUUGUCAGUAUGGGCCAAUCUCUCUAUGUUUUGUAAUUAGUUGUUCUUUAGAAUGCCUCAUCUGUCUUUUUAUACCAUUUCUCUAUCCUUCAAAUGGAUGCUGUAUCUGCAUUUUACUGUUUAUAGAGAUAAUACCAGAUGCACUCAAGGCUUUGGGUCCACCAUUAUCUUUGUAGAGCUUUCGAACUCAGUCUCCAUUACCCAUUGCUUGAAGUAACGCCAUAAUGGUUUUGAGGCAA